AUGUGUGCGGACAUCAUUCUCAAGGGGCAGAGGACCCACAACCCCCUGGCUGAACCAAUUCAAAACGAGUUAGCAAGCACAUUCCGCCGGCAUCUUCUUUCGCCCCCGACUUCCUGCGGCUCUGCCCGAGGGCGGGCUCCCUGGACCACAUUAGGGCCCGCCGCCGCGUGCCAGCUUCGUUCCCGGCCGAAAUUUGAAAAAGGGGAAAACGACGCGAUCGACUGGAGGUCCCCCGCCAGCCAGGACUGGUCACCCGCAGAGGAGGAGGAGGAGGACGACGACGACGACGACGAUGUGGAUGGCGGCGCUGGCGGCAGGGACCGGCGUCCCUCCUUUGCGCGCCUGGCCGGGGCCAGCCAGCCGCCGCCCCGAGCGAGGGGUCUUGCCCGCGUGAGCUCGGUCCCUGCGGCUCCCGCCCCUGUUGCGCCCAGAGCUCAGCCACAGAUGUCCAGCCACAAUUCUCGGUUGGCCGCAGACUCGUACAAGAAUUGCGUUUGGACAAUCAGUGGCGAAGCCCCUGAGUUCAGGGCCCCGGUCUCCUGCGGGGUUCCGCUUCGCUCCUUAAAAGCGCCAGACCAGGAGAUCUCCGGAGCUGCGCGUCCGACUGCCUCGCAGACGCUCAGCGGUCGCGGCCCAUCCCGCGGUAAGGUGGAUGAGCAAGCACGCGGAUCCCGACCCUGCAUGGGGAUCCCCAUCGCCCCUGGCGUGUGUCUCCUUCGAUUGGCCCGGGGUCCCCAGAGUAGCCCGCGUUGGGUCUCUGCGCCGCCACAGGUCAGGGGAAUCUCUUCCGUCAGGCCCGGGGAACCCCGACUCCCCUCUCCCCGCCCCCAGCCUGGGCUCCCCGAGCUCGCCAGGAAUCCGAAAAGCGGGGGCCCAAGGCCGGGUGGCGUUUCCGAGCCCGGGGUCCGGGCUGCUGGACGCGUGGGUCCCCCGCCCCCGCCGUCCCCGCGCACGCACCGGCUUGGGCGCUCUCCGCUUCCCUGUGGCUGAGUCGCAGCCGGGGCUCCGGCGGUAGCAGUGGCCCCGGCGGCUGGGAGCGCUGGAAUGUGCCGCCGGGUCACCUGCCGUGCCCGGGUAGCCGGGCUGGAAGCCGGCGGGCUGGCGAGGCGCAGGGCUGAACCCGAGCGGGCGCCUCUGGCGGCUCGGGGCCGGGGCGGGCUUUUAGUGGGCCGCUCCAACAAUACGGGCCUGGCGCGGAGAAAGGGGCUCGGCUGCAAUUGGUACUGGAUUUGAAUAACGCCACGGGGCCAUCAAUGGUCAUUGUGUCGGCGGGUAAUGAAUCUCCGCUGUC